AUGUCUAAAAGGAAGAGGUCGUGUUCCCUCGCAUUCACCCACGAGCCGCUCGCGCAUCCCAGCAAAGACAUUCGACUACUACGCUUCAAGAGCAAGCACGACUUGGGCGAGCUCAGGAUGAUGGAUUGUGAAGUCACAACUUGGCCCUUCGAGAAGGCACCGCCUUACGCCGCCGCUUCUUACGUUUGGGGAUCGCCGGAGCAUACCAGCUGGGUCACGCUGAACGAUCGGCAUUACGAAGUUCGUCGGAACUGUUAUGAUGCACUGAGUCAGAUUCGUCGGCAAGCCCCGGAUAGCUAUGUCUGGAGAGACAGCAUCUGCAUCAACCAGGACGAUCUUGAUGAGAAGGCGCUGCAAGUCGCAAUGAUGGGCGACAUCUAUCAAAGGGCGAACAUGGUGUAUUCCUGCGUCGGCGAGCACUCUGACGGAAGUGGAGAUGUCAUCGAAGUCGUUAGAGAAGUCGCAUCAUACGUAAGAAGCAUUUCUCCAAACCCAGGUAGUAACCUGGGAUCACUAGCGCGACAGAAGAUCUGCGAGAUUACGUCCUGUCCAGGAAGAGACACUGGCGGCGAGGUGAUGCACGAUUAUAGCCUCUACCACCGAUGUCUCGACCCGAGCUUCAAAUCCGCAUUUACUGUGAUCGGGAACAGGCCUUACUGGAACCGCGUAUGGAUCGUUCAAGAAGUCCGUCUUGCGGAACAUUGUCUUAUCUUGUGUGGCGAGAAUCACAUCUCGGUUGACGACUUCGGAACCUUUAUGAAAGUCAUGUACGAGAAUGAGUCUGGGGACGUAGCCCGCGAUGUUGAUGGUCCCAACAGCCGAAUUAACUGA